ACUUCAGAUGACCAGUUUCUUUGUCUGACCAUCUGCGGGUAUCGUCGUCCCGGUAUGAGCCAAGAAGAAUACAGGCAUCACAUGACGCAUGUAUCAGGCCCCAUGACAAAGGGCUUGAUGGUCAAGUAUGGAGUGAAGAGUUGGUCAUUGAUUCAUAAUACAUCCCAGACACGCGCAAUUAUGACACAGCUGUUUGAUGAGCACAUGGUCAACCUUGCCGACUUCGAUUGCUUCAGCCAAGUAGUUUUCAGGAGUGUUGACGACUAUAAGCGGAUGAGAGAAGAUCCCUGGUACAAGGAGAAGGUAGCGGGAGACCACAAAAACUUUGCAGAUACACAUAAAAGCAUGAUGACAAUCGGGUGGAUCACUGAUUUUGUCAAGGAUGGGGAGUUGAUCAGUAGCAGCAAAGAAAGAACCGAUGCAGAACGGAAGUCGCACGCUUCGCAGAACGCAGGGCUUGACACCAGAUCGAUCACCAGAGCUAAAGCUACGGCACUCAUAACUGGCGCUUUUCUCUCUGGGUGCAUGAUGUCCCUAUCCCUCAUGGCGGUCCCUGUUAUGCUUGAUACCACGACCGAAGCACCCCAGCUCUUCCUUCAAUGGACCCGUAUGUAUCAUUACGGACACCAGGUUCUUCCAACCCUAGCUAUCUGCACUUUCUUGCUUUACAGCUAUGUCAGCUUCAACAGAUACAAUGUCGGGAACCCAAAAUCUUGGUUUGUGUAUGCACUUGCCGGAGCGGUCACUUUGAGUCUUAUUCCAUUUACGUGGAUCUUCAUGGUGCCAACCAACGACGAGCUAUUUCGGCUGGAGGCACUGACCCGAACGGGGGCGCGGACAGGCAAUGGCACCUUGACUGUUAUGCAAGCCAAAGGAUUGGUCAUCAAGUGGUCGUGGUUGCACUUUACCCGGUCCUGCUUACCGUUGGUGGGUGCUUUGAUUGGA